AUGGCUUCCCGUGUCCUUGUCUCUGGUCUUCCCCACUCUCUCCCUCCCCUUCCUUCGGGACCAGGACCUUCCUGUGUCCCCUGUGUCGAGGGGCGCCUCAGGGCUGCUCCUCACUCCUCCCAGUUUCCCCCGACAGAGGCUCCUCUGCAGACACUUCACAUGGACGUGUGGGGCCCGGCCCCCGUCCGUGGGCAGGGUCACGAGCGCUACUUCCUGUUGGUGGUUGACGACUACUCGCGUUACACCACAGUCUUCCCCUUGCGCAACAAGGGUGCUGUCACUGAGGUGCUGAUCGACUGGAUCCGCGAGGCUCGUCUCCAGCUCAGGAGGAGCUUCGGCUCGGACUUUCCUGUUCUGCGUCUGCACUCUGACCGAGGUGGGGAGUUCUCCUCUCGCCUUCUGCGAGACUACUGUCGUGCACAGGGGAUCCGCCAGACCUUUACGCUUCCGGACUCUCCACAGCAAAAUGGGAUUGCUGAGCGCCGCAUUGGCAUGGUCAUGGAUGUCGCUCGUACGUCCAUGAUGCAUGCGGCUGCCCCCCAUUUUCUGUGGCCGUUUGCGGUGAGGUACGCGGCGCAUCAGCUCAACCUUCACCCCAGGGUCUCUCGGCCCGAUAUGUCCCCAGUGUUACUGUGGACGGGGAAGGUCGGCGAUGCGUCUGCGUUCCGUGUCUGGGGAUCUCGGGCGUUUGUCCGCGACUUGUGUGCGGACAAGCUGUCCCCCCGUGCUGCUCCCUGUGUCUUCCUUGGCUUCCCCCCUGACGCUCCAGGGUGGCAGUUCUACCACCCCUCCUCUCGUCGUGUUCUGUCCUCGCAAGACGUCACGUUCGACGAGUCAAUCCCCUUCUACCGCCUCUUCCCCUACCGUACUCCUUCCCUCCCCCCCCCACCGGACUUCGUGGUGCCAGUUCCCCCCCCGGUAGACCCCCUCCCCCUUCAGGUUCCUGCCCCUUCAGGUGUGUCCCAGGUAGACACAGUCGAGCCAGUCGAGGUUGCUGCUGAGUCUGGUCCUGCUGCGGGUGCAGAGUCUGGGGGUGCUACGCCUGCGGGUGCUGAGCUUGGGGGUGCUGCUGCUGGGGGUGCUGAGCCUGGGGGUGCGAGGCCGGGGGGUGCUGAGCUUGGGGGUGCUGCUGCUGGGGGUGCUGAGCCGGGAGGUGCUACGUCAGGAGCUGCUGAGCCUGGGGGUGCUGAGCCUGGAGGUGCGGAGCCUGCGACUGCUGGACCUGGGGGCUCUCCGGUUGCUCCGUCUUGGCGGGAGCCGCUCUCUCCACAGGAGCUGCGCGAGUGGUUUGCUCGCCGCUGGAGGCGUGCUGCUGGAGCUGGAGCUCCUUCGACUGCUGAGGGUGCUGGUGCUGCCGGUCCCGGAGCUGCUGGGCCUGCGGGUCCUACUGGAGCUGGAGCUGCUGAGCCUGGGGGUGCUGAGUCUGGAGCUGCUGAGCCUGGGGGUGCUGAGUCUGGGGCUGCUGAGCCUGGGGGUGCUACGUCUGGAGCCGCUGAGCCUAGGAGGCGUACUGCUGGAGCUGGAGCUUCUUCGACCGUCGAGGGUACUGGUGCCGCCGGUCCCGGAGGUGCUACGCCUACGGGUCCUACUGGAGCUGGGGCUGCUGAGGGCGUUGGUGCUGAGUCUGCUGCUGUCUGUCCUGACGGUGGUUCUGCUGCUGGUGCUGCUGGAGGUCCUGCCGCUGGAGGUGUUGGUGGCGCUGGUGCUGCCGCUGAGGGUGCUGGUGCUGUCCCUGCUGAGUCUGGAGCUGCCGCGCGGCCUCGGCCGUACUUCGUUACGCUUCUACAGCAGGUUCUUGGUCUUUCUCCUCCGGUAGAGUGUCCACAGCCUGUCCAGUCGCAGUCACUGUUGGAGCCUACCUCCCCACUGCCUGCUCCCUCUCCUUACACUGGUCCUACUGGAGGUCUUGCUGAGCGUCGUGAGCCUGCGUCUCGUCCCGCGUCGCCUGUUUGUGCUGCCCGCGCUAGUGGUCGUGGUUCGCGUCCGCGUCCUCCUCCUGUCCCUGGCACGCACCGGAUGUCUCUGCGUCCGUCCACUGCUCCUUUGCGUGCCCUUUUGCCUUCUCCUCCUGAGUCCUCCCUUCCUGUGCUUACCGACCCAGAGUCGGACUCCCUUCGUGCUGCCAGUCCUACUGUCACGCGUCUGCUUGCUACUGUCGUCACUGACCCCUCUUUUGAGUCCGCUGCUGCGUCUGCUCUUGUCGCUGAGCUUGUCGACUUUGCUCCUCGCUGUCGUCUAGACUACGCUGCUAGUCUUGUUGCUGAGUCUGCGUCUGUCUGUCCUCCGUCCGUCGGGGGUGAGUGUGCUCUUGGCACGGACGUCCUAGAGGACAAGCAGGAGGAGUUCCAGUGUCUGGCUGCUGCUUCACCUCAUCUCGCGUCUGUACUGCUUGCUCCUGAGGGAGACCCGGAUGCACUAGACAUCCCGACUCCGCGCUCUUACGCGGAGGCCGUAGAGGGUCCCUACUCCUCUCAGUGGCAGGCAGCUAUGGAUGCAGAGAUGGCUUCCUGGAAGUCCACAGGCACCUACGUUGACGCGGUUCCCCCUCCUGGGGCGAACAUCGUCAGUGGCAUGUGGAUCUUCCGGGUGAAGCGGCCGCCGGGGUCUCCACCUGUCUUCAAGGCGCAGUACGUCGCUCGUGGCUUCAGUCAACGGCAGGGAGUUGACUACUUUCAGACCUUCUCUCCCACCCCGAAGAUGACCACUCUUCGGGUGCUGCUGCACAUAGCCGCUCAGCGCGACUACGAGCUUCACUCUCUCGACUUCAGUACUGCGUUCUUGCAGGGGAGCCUGCACGAGGAGAUUUGGCUGCGCCGUCCACCUGGCUUCACUGGGACUUUCCCUCCUGGCACCCAGUGGAGCCUCCGACCGCCAGUCUACGGUCUCCGCCAGGCACCACGUGAGUGGCACGACACACUGAGGACUACACUUGCGGCCCUUGGGUUUGCUCCUUCUACUGCUGACCCGUCGCUGUUUCUGCGCACCGACACUUCACUGCCGCCGUUCUACAUCCUCGUGUACGUCGACGACUUGGUCUUUGCCACAGCGGACACUGCUGGACUCGCCUACGUGAAGUCCGAGCUGCUGAAGAGACACACGUGCACAGACCUGGGUGAACUGCGCAGCUACCUUGGCUUGCAGAUCACUCGGGACAGAGCACGCCGCACCAUUACCUUGACUCAGUCACACAUGGUGCAGCAGGUCCUUCAGCGCUUCGGCUUCACGUACUCCUCGCCUCAGGCCACUCCUCUGUCUACUCGCCACUCGCUCUCAGCUCUGCCUUCGGAUGAGUCCGUAGAGUCGAGUGGCCUGUACCCAGAGCUUGUUGGCUGCCUCAUGUACCUGAUGACCUGCACACGACCUGACCUUGCAUACCCUCUUAGCAUUCUUGCACGCUAUGUUGCUCCUGGGAGACACCGACCAGAGCACAUGGCUGCAGCGAAGAGGGUAUUGCGCUACCUGUGCAGUACGUCGGGCAUGGGGCUAGUGCUUGGAGGGCGGAGUCCAGUGGUCCUUACAGGCCACGCGGACGCUUCUUGGGCUGACGACCAGGCUACGCAGCGGUCGUCACAGGGUUACACCUUCAGCCUUGGCUCCGGCUCUGUCUCGUGGCGGGCUACUCGCUCGUCUUCGGUUCUCAGCUCGAGUUGUGAGGCUGAGAUCUACGCAGGGGCCAUGGCUGCACAGGAGCUUCGCUGGCUCACCUACCUGCUGACUGACCUUGGAGAGCCGCCUCGUUCUCCUCCAGUGCUGUACGUAGACAACAAGGCCAUGCUGGCCUUGUGUCGAGAGCAGCGUCUGGAGCACAGAACGAAGCACAUUGCUCUUCGCUACUUCCUUGCUCGUGAGCUACAGCAGCGUGGACAGUUGCGGCUUGCGUACGUGGCCUCUGAGGCCAACACUGCUGAUGUGUUCACCAAGGCACUCGCGCCUUGUGACCAUCAGCGCUUUUGCACCCAGCUGGGUCUUGUGCCUGUCUUGCCUCACUUGCUCUCCUCUUGA